AUGACUUGCAUUCUGAGAAAAUUGAUUCCCCAAGAGCUAUGGCUCUUUGGUGAAGUCGCAGCGGUUACAGUGAGUGAGCAAGAUACGGCCGAGCCUCAAUACAUGACAUGCAUCUUGCGAGAGAACCUAGAAUCGAGAGCGAAUGAGAGCGACGAAUCACUUGUUCCUGUUGCCGCUUUACUGGAGAGACCACAGGGUUGCAAAAUCACAUGCGCAGAACUACUGUUUGGACUGGAAACAGCUGAAGACAAGUUGGCUUGGUUUAGAAGAUAUACCAGAAAGUUUUUAGAGCUAUUCCUCGAGCCUCUUGUCCGACAUGGUGUUGGCUUGGGGCUCAGCGCUCAAAACACCGUCGUCAGGAUCUGUCGCCAAACAAAGGCCAUCAAAGGGUUCGCUAUACGCGGUUUGGCCGGCGUAAAGCUUCACGGAGCAACUCUCCAAGAUCAAGGAUUCGACUUGACAAGCUUAGAUGCCACAGUAACUCAAGAUGUUCAUGAAGUGUGGGAUGGAGUACAUCAUUCUCUUGUUCAAAACCACAUAGGGCACUUGCUGAAGAGUCUUGGACUCGAGCUUCAUGGGUGGCAGAUUGUCAGCUUCGAGCUUGAGCGUGCCCUUCAAGGUAAAGUUGGAUCCGUGGAGCAAAGUAUUUAUCGACACUUCGUAAAGGAAACCAUGUCCUUUGAGUCGUCUCUUAAGAUGAGAAUGGCGGCAUCUGUCAAGACUAAGUCUCCCAAGGUCGUCUAUCAACAAAUUCCCAACGUCCUGUGGAAGAAGAGUCCUUGGCUUCGUCAAAUAUCACUAGCUGCUACAAAGAGUACCAACGCACUCGUCCAGCCAGAGCAAGCAGACAAGCAAACCCGGAUCUUCGAAGCGGAGGCCAUGAAGCAGGCUCUAUUACGCAACACCCAAGAAUACGGAGACCUUCCAAAAGUAGCAAAACGACUCAAUCCGCACCCAUUCGUUCUCCCAAACGAUUUCUUAGUUAGGCUUGAACGAUUCCAUGAAGUACUAGCCCUGGCGAUAGAUAACAUUGUCGACCGGUGGUGGAAAGAUGAAGAGGCUAAUCUCCCGAGUCGAAUGCCAUUGGAACCUCACGUCGAAAAGCUUCUUCGAUGGGUCGCCCAAGGCUCUGAAGAGGGUAGGGUCAAGCCAUACAAGGGGCAUCAGGGUAAUCUGAGACCGGAUAUCCUUGUCCCAGACACAGGUGUCUAUGCGAGUCCUGAGUUUAAAGUCUGCGAGAUCAACGGAAGAUUCCCUAUUGCCUUCCUUCAUUACGCCGCCAUCGCAUACCAAGCACUGUCUGAAGCGACUUGGAAUGAUCCGUUGAUCAAGCCAGCAUCUGAUCACAAGAAACUGUUUGACAGCUUUUUGCAACUAUUUGAUCCUACGACCCCCAUCUAUUUCGUGGUCGAACCUGCGGAAGUUCCCCCCAACAAUCCCCUCUUCGGCCUGGUAGAGCAACAAACAGGAUUCAGACCCAGAUCAGUUCGUUCCUCAUCGCUGAGAGUCGUUCCUUGUGACAAAUCCUGGACUGGGUUCGAUCUUUAUUGCGAGAUUGAUGCGCAGACAGCAGUGAGCGCGAGUGCUGCAGACCUGAUCACCAUCGACGGUUGUGUUCUGGAAAAGGUUCACCAAGUUGGGCUCCAGCUCUACGACUACGAGCUCCUCGCUUUAGACCCGAAUAUGGUACGAGAAAUCGCCAGGAGAAGUGUCAACGACCUUCGCAGCGUCUUCAUCGCACACGACAAAAGGAUCCUCGGUAUCAUUCAUCAAGAGCUUCAUGACCUAGUUCAUAAACACAAGGUAAUUACUAGGGACCAAGCAAGGAUCUUGAAAGAGGGCAUUAUCCCCACAAUACUCCCCGGAUCCCCAGAGCUGCAGAGUCUCAUCGAGGAUGCGAGCAAGGACCCCGCCAUCAAGAAUAAAUACAUCUUAAAACCUUUCAGGUUAGCUCGAGGUUCGGGAAUCCGACUUGGGAAAACCCUUUCUUCUGAGGAGUGGCAGUUGACCUUGAUGUCAAUGAGAAAAACAGACAUUGACUCCUCUGUGACCCAGUAUCUACUGCAACCUGUACUGCCUUUGCAGUCGGUAGAAUGGUUCUGGACUGAGGAGAGACAGGUGGUCAAGAGCGGAAUGGUAGGCCUGUACUUUUCAGUAAAUGGUCGGUUUGUUGGGCUUGGGACUUGGAGGGUGGCAGAUGUGUCUGAGAGUAUCAUAUCCUCAUCAUCAAUGGACACGACGUCAUGUGUAGCGGUGGCUUACUACGAGUAA